AUGCUCUCCGCAAUCAAAUCGCGCGCAACUCGCGCAAUGAACUCGACCAUCCACGUCGAUUGGUCUCUAUAUGGCGGAGCCGAAUCCACCUCCCCACCCACAACCUCCCAGCAUCCAAACCUACGAACUAAGCAAUCAACAGCAUCCUCAGCCUCCUCCUCCGCUUCUUCAGUGCGCAACUCCCGCUCCUCCUCACCUAACUUUUCCUCCUUAGGCGAUUCCUCCACCUCUUUCACAUCCGACUCUGACGGAGAGCAACACAACACCCCCAAAUCAAAGCAGCAGGAGUUGCAUGAUAAACCCCUCUCCUCCCUCCCGCCGAAGAUCGCAGAAGGAGGAGAGGUGGUGGAUGGCAAAGCAUGGUUGCCCCCCAUCGUACCCACCGGAACCCAACCUGACGAUUUCCUCUGGAUGCACACCGAAGAACCACACCGUUCUCGAAGAACUGCUAUUCUUAAAGCCCAUCCUGAGAUUCGCAAGUUGAUGGGCUACGAACCGUUAACCAAAUACGUUUCCCUCUCUGUCCUACUACUCCAACUCUCCAUCGCGGUUUAUCUCUCGCGCUACACUUCUCUCCACCCAUUCUCGUGGAAGUUGCUUCUGAUCGCAUACGCAAUCGGAGGAACAGCAAACCAAAACACAUUCCUUGCAAUCCACGAAAUCACGCACAACCUAGCAUUCAAAGGUUUAAAAGCAAAUCGUCUUUGGGCAAUCUUAGUCAACGCCUCAAUCGGAGUCCCCUACGCAAUGGCUUUCAAACCUUACCAUCUCGAACAUCAUAAAUAUCUCGGAGAAGACGGAACGGAUACAGAUCUUCCGACUCGACUCGAAUCAAUCUUACUCGGCAAUGUCCUGGGCAAAACCUUUUUCGCAACCUUUCAGAUCUUCUUCUACGCUUUACGACCUGGCUUCGUUCGUACCCAACGUCCCACAAUCUGGCAUGGACUAAACCUUGCCUUUAUCCUAUCUUUCAACACUGUUUUAGUCAAGUUGGCUGGGUGGAACGCACUCUUAUAUCUACUGUUGAGUAGUUUCUUUGCAGGAUCCUUGCAUCCAUGUGCAGCACACUUUAUAGCAGAACACUACAUGUUCGGUGGCAUUCAACAGGAAACUUGGUCCUAUUACGGCCCGUUAAACAUCCUGGCGUACAAUGUCGGAUAUCAUAACGAACAUCAUGAUUUCCCCUCCGUACCCUGGACUAGGUUGCCCGAGUUGAGGAAGAUGGCGCCAGAGUUCUAUGAUUGCUUGCCCAGACACGAAAGUUGGCCGAUGGUGACCGUUAGAUUUAUCUUGGGCGAUGAUUCGGGGCUGUGGGCGAGAUGUAAGAGAGAGAAUAGGGAUGCGAUUCGGGAUGCUGCCAAGGGCAAGUAA